ACUGAGUUAAUCGUACGCUGGAUAUUCACUAGCAACACACUGAGUCCUUCCCCUUCUCCCUUUAUUUCUUCACACAAAACUCAAAUCCCAAUUUGAAGCUUACCAUGAAUUGGUUCAAAACUAGUACCAGAAAUGAUGAGAGUUGGCUUCUUCUCUACACUCUCUCAGCCAUUUUCGCAAGCACCUGGUGUGCAUGGCUGUGCAUGAAAAAGUCCCGUAACAAAAUCCCACCUUUGCCCCCAGGCCCAUUGGGCAUGCCCUUACUCGGUAACCUUCUCUCUCUCGACCCAGAACUCCACUCCUACUUCGCCCGCCUGGCCCACACCUAUGGCCCAAUCUUCAAGCUCCGCCUCGGCGCCAUGACCUGCGUCGUCAUCAACUCCCCUUCCUCCGCCCGCGAGGUCCUCAAAGACCGUGACGUUACCUUCGCCAACCGUGACGUCCCCGUAGCUGCCCGGAUCGCCUUCUACGGAGGGGCCGACGUCGUGUGGACCCCGCACGGGCCGGAGUGGCGGAUGCUGAGAAAGGUCUCCAUCCUGAAGAUGCUCGGCGGCGCCGCGCUGGACUCGUUCCAAUCGAUCCGCCAAAACCAGGUCCGAAAGACGGUCAGGUACUUGUACGGUCGGGCCGGGUCGCCCGUAAACGUGGGCGAGCAGAUCUUCCUGACGUCGCUUAACGUCAUCUCUAACAUGAUAUGUGGCGGCUGCAUCGCGGCGGAGGACGGGGAGGAGAGGGCCGGGCUCGGGGCGGAGUUUCGGAAAGUGGUGUCGGAGAUAACAGGGCUCAUAGGUCGGCCAAAUGUUUCGGAUUUUUUUCCGGGUUUGGGUCAGUUCGAUUUGCAGGGUAUAAAGAAGCAGAUGGAGGGGCUGGUCCGGAGGUUUGAUGGGAUAUUUGAGCAGAUGAUUGAUCGACGGCUGAAGAUGGAGGAGGAAGGCGCGAAAGAGAGUCAAGGUUUUUUGACUUUUUUGUUGAAAUUGAAAGAGGAGGGAGGAGAUUCCAAGACGCCUCUAACCAUGACUCACCUCAAAGCUCUGCUCAUGGUAUGUGAACUACUAGAUAUUGAAUUCAUAUGA